AUGGUGGUUGGCCCGUGGUGGAUUGACUCAAAUCGUCCAAGCGAUAUAGAUAUUCAACGAAUCUGCAACAAGGUAAAGAAAUAAGUUUAAUUUAAAGUUUUAAAAAGAUGUAUCUUGUAUUUUAUUUGAGUAAAAACAUAGUUGGAACACUCAUUGAAACCUUUAUUUUGUUAAUCUAAGGCUUGAAAUGCAAUAGAGUAUAAACGAGUUUUCUUUUACAAAUAAAACAAACAAACUGUAUAUAUUUACAAGAAAUCGGUUAGGAAAAACCAUACUUAAGUUACUUUAAGCCUUAUAGAUUACUAUUUUAUUAAUAUAAUAUGAUUUCACUUCGAGAGUUUUGGGGAAGAAAAAAUGGGGUUUUUGUUGAUAGAAUUUUGAACACAAAUUUAUAUGUACAUUUUAGGCCUAGCGGAAUUGGCUAGCUCUAAAAUUUACACAUAACUUUGUGUUAGAAAAUUCCAUCCACGCCGAAAAACCAUCUACCAUCCAUAUUUAAAAUUUAGUAGCAAAUAAGUCAUGAUAAUAAUCUAUACAUUAAAUUAUACUUCUCGGUAACAAUCAAUUUAUGAAAUGAAAAAUAUGAUAAUGAUCUAUUCAAGAAUACUAUUAUGCGGUUUACGGGGACUAUAUUUUUUUGCGCAAAGAAUGAAAUACUAAAUUUAAUUCCCAUUGACAUUAAUAACAGUCUUGGAAAAUAUUGGGUGUGUCGAAAACCAACGUUAUAGUCAAGUUUCUCAAGUGCAUUUCAGGAUUAAUUGUACUUUCAGUCACUGAUAAAUUGAUAAAAGCUGUUGAAUCUAUAAUACAACUUCUCAAACGAUAAUCAAGCUCGCCCGGUGUGGAUAUACACUCAGAGUAACAUCACAAACAUCAAGUAACAAGAAAGUUAAUAUUCCCGUUUACCAAGAUAAAUGGUACAACACUACGACAAAGCCAAUUUGUAUUGCGUAUAUUGGUAAUUAGUCAUGAAUUAUUAGCUCCAAUAAUUGCUUCAAGGUCUAAAAAUAUAGUCAAAGACACGUGUUAACUUCAGAUAUAUAAAGAAUUUUAUUAAUUGAAACGGAUACGUAAUUGGACUAUUAUGUAAUUAUAUAGCCAAAUGGCAAAAACAUGUAAAUAAUUGUCUAUCAAACGCAGGCAUGUAUCUGACCGUUAGCAAAGAGCCUAGAACUAGCAAUCUGCUGGGCCCUGCUGUAUUUAAUGACUUGUUUUCAUUCUCAAUUUCCUGAAGAUAUUAAAGACACAAAAGACACCACUUUGAAAUAAAUAUCUGCUAUCGUUUUCCCUUCGAGCUAUUUCGAAUAAAAUAUACUGGGAAAUUUUUCUGUAAUUCAUUAAUAAUAUGUACUUUGUCUGUAAUUUAUCGACGAAUUUACUUUAGGUGAGGCCAGUUGCUGAAUUCACUGCAGGAAAAGCGAGAAAAUGUAAAGUUCCAUUCCCAAGAUUCGUAGCGGUCGAAUAUAAAACCCAACUUGAACAUGGCACAAAUUACUUUGUCAAGGUAACAAGAAUCCACGUUUAUACUGAAACAAUACUGGAUAUCUGCAGGCAAGAACAGUUUAGAACUGAUAGAGCUAUCCAGUAUAAAUAAGGUUAGUUUAGUUUAGGUUUCCUCCUGUAGUAACACUGGAUCAAUAAGAGAUGAUCCUUACUGGACCUCUAGGAAGAACAGUUUGGAACUGAUAGAGCUAUCCAGUAUAAAUAAAGUUAGUUUAGUUUAGAUUCGUAGAGUCGAAUAUAAAACCCAACUUGAACAUGGCACAAUUAAAUUACUUUGUCAAGGUAACAAGAAUCCACGUUUAUACUGAAACAAUACUGGACCUCUAGGAAGAACAGUUUGGAACUGAUAGAGCUAUCCAGUAUAAAUAAAGUUAGUUUAGUUUAGGUUCCUCUUGUAGUAACACUAGUGGAUCAAUAAGAGAUGAUCCCUACUGGACCUCCAGGAAGAACAGUUUAGAACUGAUAGAGUUAUCCAGUAUAAAUAAUUAAGUUAGUUUAGUCUAAUUUCAAGCAUUUCUUCUUGAAGGUUGACGCUGGAGUAUGUUAUGUUCAUUUGCGCGUUCAUCAAGACUACGAGGUCGGAGGGGGAAGGAUAAAACUGGAGAAAAUGUUGGUUAACCUCGACGAAGAUUACCCUCUGGAAUAUUUUGAUUAAACUUUGAUUAUAUAGAUCUAUUAUGAUUAUGUAUAUGUAAUCUAUUGAUUAACUGUGAUUAUCCGUAGUUGACAAUACAUGUCUGGAAAAGUUAUAUUGUGCACAGUAAAACAUUUUCUAUUUUAACAAUAAACUUAAGAGUAAAUAUAUAUAUAUAGUAUUAAAUUGGGACAAGGUUUAAAGGUCGUAUAUGGUAGUUUGUAUAGAUUGUUUUCAGAUGUGAACGUUUUGUUUGUAGUACUUAGCUGUUUUUAUCCGUUCAAAAAUUUAUUAAAAGUUUAUUUAAUCAUCCUUACUUGCAGCUGAGAGCUAAGCUGAAUUACGAAGGACGCAGCUCAAUCUGAUCAAGGCGAAAGCUUUUUAAGGGCCCCUCUAGCAGCCACCUUAUCACUCAUCUCUGAUCAAGCAUAAUUAUUGAAAAGUCCAUAAUCUCUGUGAGCUAAAUAAUUGAGAGACUUUCUAAAGCCUUUAGGAAAGUUAGAACGAUAAAAAGCGACUUGAAAUGAGCUUUGCGGGGAUUAAGAUGCUUAUCUUUUUAUUUUGUCUAUGUUUUGAACAAUUAUCGAACCGGACUAUCUGGAGAGUUGAACUCCCAUAAAACACAUAAGGAAUACUAAAAUUCUGUAUAGAAACUUAAAAAAAAUUAACUAUGAAUUAACUCUGUGCCACAUCGAUGAACUCUCGUCAAAUUUGAACCAGCUAGCUUAUAAAGGUAACAUUCUCGUUCCCAGGCGGCGCGCGACCUUCAUAGGCCCUGGGAUACACGGAACCGGAAGGGCAAGAUAACUUGCAGUAGUUAGUUCUAAAGCGCAUGCUCAUGAAUUUGGACGCUUUAUAGCACCCGUAACAAUUUUCACAGUGAAGUAUUACGCGAAGAAACGAAGUAUUUGUGUUGACAUAUUUUGAUAGAAUAAUUUUGCCUAGCCGAAACUGCUCAACUUCUGGGAACACAGAGUCUAAUUUUCAACGUGUGACCGAGUGAAAAUGUCUCUGGGGACGAGAAUGCGUUUGAACGCGCAUGACUCAAGGCGAGCAAGAGAAUAGGACUGGGAACUAGCCAGCAUAAUCCCGCUGAGUUCUGAACUGAUGUGCUGUGCAAGUAUACUGUGUCUUGCCAAAUCCCAGUGUUUGCACAUAAACAACUAAAAUACAAUACAAUCAAUUUUAAAUCGCGCAGUAUGCUGCCUACUUAUGACGAUACACAGAGAGUCUUGUUAGAAGCGGCUCAAACAUCCACAAACACCGCAAAUUCCGAGCUCAACGCAAAACAACUAACAUUGGAUGUUAUCAACUGUUAGCCAAGUCUAAGCAUUGUUAAUCUUUGGUAUUUUAAUCCACUUUUCUUUGCUUGUUUGGCUAACAUAUUAAGCUUUUCUUUCUUAACGUUUGUGGAGUUUUGAGGCGGCGCUGUGCUCGUUUAAUCAACUGAAGCCGCGAAGCAUAUAGUCAAAGAAACCGGUUAAUUAGAGAAUGCUGUGCUUGCACUGUUUUGCUACAAAGGCCCCUAGAUGUCAUUUAGCUAAACAGACCGUUAUUGUCUCGUUAAAAGCUCUUAACUUUACAGCCUAUGUGCUCGCUGUUAGGGUAAUAAAUUAUUAACACAGGCAUAAAGUUCAAUUCAACAUUUGGUCAACCACGGAGGCUUAAUUGACUUAAAUUUAAUGAAGAUGGGGAUUUUUUUCGUGUCAAAAUAGUGUAAAGGCUUAUCAGUGUUUGCAAGCAUGGCUUUUGUGUAAUAGAGUUACAAGUUGGAGCUUGUAGCUUGUUUAGCCGUUUCAUACAACAGAGAGUAAAGCCAUUAAUCAUUGUGUGACACUCAAUUGAUAAUAAAUAGUAGAUACUAACAGUUAAUUGUGGCUGUCAUAAAACGCUAUAAUCACCUCAAAGGCCGAAUAUAAUUCAUUGUCUCGUACAAGCGAGUGGAGGCUCAAUCAAGCAAAUUCUGUGGACUUAAUCUCGGCGACGUAUAAAAGUAAGUGCAUUUAAAUCAGUUUACUCCGUUCAAAAUAGCUUUAGAUACAUAAAUAACUGCAGUUUAUUGGGAGAAACAGUAUUUUUAGGAAAUAUAGAUUUUAUACGCACUGCGGGUGUCGAGUUUAAAUGAUUUGCACCGAAUUCUCGCGUCGCUUGGUGAAUUUGCAAGCCUUUAUUAAAGUCUAUCAAGGGUGCCUCGUGUAUUUGUUUUAAAGUAGCGAAAUUGAGGAACCUCAGUAGAGUUGCACAAUAUAGUUUUCUACAUUUUUGGCGUCAGGUGUUAAAGUGAAAAUGAUCUAAAUGCAGCGCACUUAUCGUUAAUUGAUCUAAGUUUGCAUAUAAAUGAAAAAUUUUGUAAAACACAUCAUUAUUAGAAUCAGUGAAAUAGCAUUUAAAUGUCAUUUUGCAGAUGUAAAAUCCGCGGAUCGUUUAAAGGCUUUCCCAAAGCAUAAUUUGCGGCGUUGCAUAUGAUAAAAUUUAAAAAAAAACAGGGACAAAUUUCGACGUCCCCUUCGUCUGUCAGCUGCAGCGUGGCUAAACUUUCGCAAAGUUUUGCCGUAUAGGACAUAAUAUACGCGAAAGCGAAUGAAUUUUCAAGCAAGUAAUUUUCGAAAUACUAUAAGGAAUGUGUCUUAGUCAAUUGUGGAUGCGCGCGGUCAUAUACCAAGACUUUUCCAACUUGCAUGUAGUCAAGCGCACAAUUGUAUUCUUCGCAAGUUACAAAACGUAGAACUCAAUGCGCGCAAUAUAUUCAGGAAUAAACCUAACAUUGCGUUGAACUCGUGAUAUUCAGCGAAGUCGAGCUGACGAAUCGGAUAUUGAAUCAUACUUCCUUGAUGGUCUGAAAUUAUAAGCGAAAAAAAAUUUACUCCCAUAAAACUUUUUAAUGCCAAAUUUUAAUAGUUUUUCUAAUAUUUUUAAUGGAAAUUCAAGGCUCUAUAUAUAGUCCAAUAUCGAUAAUUGUUAUAAACAGAGUCAAAAUAAAACGAUAAGGUUUUAAUGUCCGCAAACGGCUCAUUUCACGUUAGCUUUUAUCAGUCUCAAACACUGAAAUCAUUAACACCAGAAAAUGAUAUAACGCGCGUCGUAUAAUUGUGGUUUUUGCUGAUAAUCAGAAACGACAUUCAUCUUCUAUAAUGUAUUGAGCCCAGGGCGAUUAUCAUGCAAACCCACGAUGGCAAAGGUCAAGGACGCUUGCUUUGACAAUAGCGUCACCCUAAACUCUAAAGAGGCAAACCCAAUUCCAAAUUGUUAAAAUACACUGACUACAAAUGAUAAUUCUCGAAAUAAAAUAAUUUCGGCAAAUUACGAAACUGAUGCUUAUUAAUCAAAACAAAACCUUGGCUCCCCCCCCCCCUCUCAGUGUUGACAUUUGGAUAACCUUUGCUAAUGUAUAACCUACAUUGUAUGGGGGGGGGAGGGCUAACCCAAUUCGUCUACGAAGAAAAUAUUCAUGCUUAAAUUCAGCAAGUACUUUUAAUCAUCGUAGCUUACAAUGCAUACAUUUUAGCGCGUUCUAAUACUCAAACAUUUCACACUUUGUCUAUAUGUUAGAUAUUUAAAACACUAUUAGAUAUUGAAAUGCUAUAUAUGCAGUGAAACGACGCUAUCUCGAAGACUCCGCAUCGAGAUAACCGAAUCAGGUCAAAUUACAGAAAAAUGGUUAAUAAUCAUUAUUAAUUCAAAUUAACGUGGACAGGCCUAAUCCAAUGACCCAUUGAUGCGAUUUUUAUUUGCAAAAGAUCAUUUAAACAAUUGCGCUGCAUGCAGGUAUUUCAAAUCAAAGCCGAAUUUUGUUUGCCAAAACCAUAGGAGUAUUUCUUGUACCAAGUUUUCAUUGGCGGCCAUACACACGAACAGAUUUUCCUUGUCCAAAAUUUGGCAUGACUAGCUUUUAAGAACAAGACUCCUUGGAUCUUUGCAAGGAUAACGUAUUAACGAAAACUCAAUAUGUUUACUUAUGACGAAUAUAUAUACGUAAAAGUAUUUUCUCUUAACACUUGAACUUCUAGAAAUUUCUGACCCAGUUGGAUCCGUUAUGUUUACAAGUAAUAAUAUUUACCCCCAUAAUUGUUUGAAUGUGGGCCUCAGCUUUAAUAUAAAAUGGCAAACUGUGAGAUGUGCAGAUUAUAUAGAAAAUACGCUAUAUGCACGGUGACACCUAGGGGUCACAAUGGUUAACGCAUGUGCGAUUGAUUCGGCCAACAGACCCCCACAGCUUCGUAUGUGGGAAUGGCAAAACCCGUAUACCAUUAUAAGGACAGCUGUAGUUGGAUAUUUGAGAGUUUAAGUAUAACUUGUGAUAUAGAGAAUUUGUCUACUUAAGGAGAAGGAGAACUGCACUUAACCGACUUCCGGUUCGAUGAGGACACAUUUCUGCUGUUGCGAGACAGUGAUUUGCAUAUAGCGAGCUUGUAUUUUGCCCCGUUUUGAGUAUAUAAUUGCAUAUAUAUAAAGUCUAUUUUAUAGGUAAGCGUUUCUGGGGGUCAUGUCUGCAUGGAUUUAUAUAAUUUGUUUGUUUAAAGACUUCCAACUGAUUUUAUACACACAAACUUUUCACAAGUCUAUUUAAUUGCAUUGAAAAGGGCCGGUUUAUGUAUACUUCAAACCUUUUACUCAGCAAAAACAGUUGUAUAAGUCAGAAAUUCGGAACCCAAAAUUGCGUUUAAAGUUGAUCACAUAUAUGAACCACCUGCUCUGUGAUUUCCUUUCAAAUUCACAGUUGGAGUUUUGUCCAAAAAAUUACCAGGGAAAUGUAACUUUUCACACAUUUUUACUGAAAACACAUAAUUAUUGGUGUUAGCUAGUAUUUCAUUUCGGUUUGUCAGAAAACUACUUAAUUAUUAUUGCCUUCCGCGAAUUUGCAUACAUGUAUAAAACUAAUUUAAUCAUUGGGUUAAUUUUUCUUCACAUAUUUCAUUUAAUAUAUGAAUUUAAGUAUUCUAUUCGACACCCUGGAGCAGGGGUUUCCUGUGUUGCUGAAGUUGUAGCCUGCGCUCAGGCUGCCUCGUCGCUUCCAUCCGCCAUGCCUUAAAACGCGCCUGACUCUAUAAGACCUCUGCGUGCGCCCCGGGUAUCUAUCUGGAAGUCUAUAAUCACCUUAGUGGAAUGUCUAUAAGCACAAAGGCUCAUAGAUGAUAUCUUAAUCUUCCAUGCUAAAAAUUAGCACUAAAAAAUGGCAAGAAUAUUAUCUAAUUACUUGCGUUAUGAUCAUAGUUGAUGAUUUUAAUUUUCUUUAACGUCUACAUCUGGUUUACAUGCCUCGAUAUAUAUUAAAAUUUAGAACUGAUAGAGCUAUCCAGUAUAAAUAAAGUUAGUUUAGUUUAGAUUUCCUCCUGUAGUAACACUGGAUCAAUAAGAGAUGAUCCUUAUUGGACCUCUAGGGAGAACAGCUUAGACUAUUGACAGAGCUAUCCAGUAUAAAUAAAGUUAGUUUAGUUUAGGUUUCCUCCAGUAGUAACACUGGAACAAUAAGAGAUGAUCUUUAUUAGACCUCUAGGAAGAACAGUGUAGAACUGAUAGAGCUAUCCAGUGUAAAUAAAGUUAGUUUAGUUUAGGUUUCCUCAUGUAGUAACACUGGAUCAAUAAGAGAUGACCCUUACUGGACCUCUAGGAAGAACAGUUUAGAACUGAUAGAGCUAUCCAGUGUAAAUAAAGGUUUAUAGUUAAUUCUUCUUAUCGUGACAAGCAGAAACAAUACGAAAUGACCCUUACUGGACCUCUAUAAGAAGGACAGUUUUUGAUGACCAAAAACAGUGACAAGAAUUGGCCUUUUAUCCAUUGUGGAUUAUAGAUAGGAUGCGAAUUCAUGCUUUAGUCUUAAUGAUCCCCCUUGCAGAAUUCAGACUAUAAACACCCCAGUCUUUUAUGCAGUUCGCAGCAGCAUUAUACAUUAAGUAAUAGACUUAACAUUGUUUUAAUGAUUGCAGAUAACAGCGCACAAUGCUGUGAAAGAUUAGUAAAAUUCUACAAAUGCUAUUGCAUUCAUCUUCAUUCAUCUGUCAAUCAUCGUUGGACGUAAUAUGAAUUACGUGUGUUGAACACUAGCGAUUUUUUGCGCGUCAAUUAUGAGUUCUAAAUAAAGUAUGUUUUUUUUAAAUGCAGCAAAAUUCAUUAACAAUGAUUCAAAUCUUUUGAAAACACUCCGGAGUACCGUAUUUGAAAGCAGAAGUCUAUUUUUGUGAAAACAAUGGCCUAAUUUUUCUAAAAUUGCGAGUUGAUUAAAAUGGUUUGUUCAUUGCGAGUGGUCUGUUAAUUUAAUUACACUGAAGCCAUAGGCAUCAGCAGUUGCACAGUAUUCUGACUGCAGCGUGUGAUUCUCUGUUGCAUGAAAUAAAGACGCACAGGAUUGCUGCAUUGUAAAGAUUUAUCAAGAUAUCCUACUGAACGAGUCUAUGGAAGGUUAGUCAGCUUGCAGAGCUGUUAGCGUCAAGAAUACACUCGUUUUGGAAGAACACGAAAGUCAUUAAGGUAACUCCGUUUUUUUAACGCAAUAUAGAUCGUGCUGUUUCAUUGACAUAGAUCAUUCUUGAAGGACAUUUGCAAUUUUGUGGGUAGAAAUAUAGAUGGUCUAAUAGAGCCAUUAUUGGUGUAUUUGAGUCGCAUUUGUAUAGGUGAUUCUUGUCAAGUAUAUUAUACAUAUGUUUUUAGCACCAUUUAUGUUGCUGUCAGCCAAAACAUCAAACGAAAAUUGAACCUAGCCAAUGCAUGUUGUUUUGUUUAAACUGUUCUUCCCAGACGGUUUAACAAUAGUCGUCUCCAAUACGUUCAGUGACUGUGCGAUGUUUCAACAACACGUAGUUAUAUAUGAUAUAUUUACCAUUGUUCAGUGCUAAUUUUUAACUUCGAUUAAAAUGCAUACGAAUUUCACUUUUCCGCUAGUUCUGCGAUUACGUCUUUGUGCUUUCACUAAAAUUAUUCUGCAGUUGCCUUAAAUUGAUCUGAUGUUGUACAGAACUCACUGCUGAGUAAAGCAUGCUUAGAUCAUGCAGAGGUAGUACAUGUUCUUGAAUGUGGGCUACCUUAAAAUGAUGAUGUUGUACAUAACUCACAGCUGAGUUAAGCAUGGUUAGAUCAUACAGAGGUACAUGUUCUUGAAUGUGAGCUACCUUAAAGUGAUCUGAUGUUGUGCCGAACUCACUGCUGAGUUAAGAAUGCUUAGAUCAUGCAGAGGUAGUACAUGUACUUGAAUGUCAUUGUGAGCUGCCUUAAAGUGAUCUGAUGUUGUACAGAACACACUGCUGAGUUAAGCAUGGUUAGAUCAUGCAGAGGUAGCACAUUUUUUUGAAUGUGAGCUACCUUAAAGCAAUCUGAUAUAUAUGUCAGACUUCCCAGCCUGGCUUUGAGAGUAAUGGCAAAAGCGAGAACCGAUUACAUUUGCAGUAAAUUCAGUAUUGAGAUAGUCAGAGCUACAGACUAUUAACAACUUUAAAAAUUCGAUACCUUACAAUCCAAGAACAUCUUCCGUGCAAUUGUAUAGUUUCGUCACGUGAAAUCGUGAAUCAUCAUAGAGCUAUCUAUAAUAUCAUACAGAAAAAAGUUGCUCAAGUUUGUCAUAAAAUUAAAUGAAUAAGGGAUACUCUGAUAGCUAUCCAGUAUAAAUAAAGUUAGUUUAGUUUAGGUUUCCUCCUGUAGUAACACUGGAUCAAUAAGAGAUCAUCCUUACUGGACCCCUAUAGGAAGAACAGUUUAGAACUGAUAGAGCUUUCCAGUAUAAAUAAAGUUAGUUUAGUUUAGGUUUCCUCCUGUAGUAACACUGGAUCAAUAAGAGAUGAUCCUUACUGGACCUCUAGCAAGAACAGUUUAGAACUGAUAGAGCUAUCCAGUAUAAAUAAAGUUAGUUUAGUUUAGGUUUCCUCCUGUAGUAACACUGGAUCAAUAAGAGAUCAUCCUUACUGGACCCCUAUAGGAAGAACAGUUUAGAACUGAUAGAGCUUUCCAGUAUAAAUAAAGUUACUUUAGUUUAGGUUUCCUCCUGUAGUAACACUGGAUCAAUAAGAGAUCAUCCUUACUGGACCCCUAUAGGAAGAACAGUUUAGAACUGAUAGAGCUAUCCAGUAUAAAUAAAGUUAGUUUAGUUUAGGUUUCCUCCUGCAGUAACACUGGAUCAAUAAGAGAUCAUCCUAACUGGACCCCUAUAGGAAGAACAGUUUAGAACUGAUAGAGCUAUCUAGUAUAAAUAAAGUUAGUUUAGUUUAGGUUUCCUCCUGUAGUAACACUGGAUUAAUAAGAAAUAAUCCUUAUUGGACCUCUAGGAAGAACAAUUUAGAACUGAUAGAGCUAUCCAGUAUAAAUAAAGUUAGUUUAGUUUUCCCUUCUAAUAGAACUGGAUCAGUAUAAGUGACUUUCUAGACCUCUAUAGAGAGGCCACGCAGAUGGCGCGGUCUUAUGAGCAAGCGAAAAGGCGUCAAUAUGCCAACAAUGUCUAUAUUUGUUAAAGUGUAUUAUGACUAUAUACCAAGUGAUGAAAAAGGCCGAAUAGAUGCAAUCGACAUCAUCUAAUUAUGUAAUUUAAGUAAUGUACAUACAUACAGACUCGAACGCAAUAAGGUUUAAAAAUUGGAGCAGUUGCAAUGGCUGCCAGCUGUUCCGAAAGACACUUCAAGUCAGCCGUAAAAAUUAAACCAGCUAUUGAACUAAAAUACCUUUUAUCAUAUCCAGUCAAUGCUAACUUAAAUUUCGACGCAUAACUUCAACAUUAGUCGAGCCGAUAUGAAGAUUCUUUUACAAAUUUAUUCAUAUCAACAAAAAAUGAAAUAAUAAAUUAAUUUUGACGCUGAUUCCCAUUGGCUAUUUGUAAUAAUUAGUCGUUUGUAAAGUGAAUUACGGUCGAGUUAACUGUUCGUGUCGAAUGUUACAACUGUGUGUAAGUUGAGCAGUUAUGUAAGAAAGGGCAUUUACAUCUAGCAAUCGUAUUAGCACGAUAAGCAAAACUUUUAAGAGAGAGGUAAGCUGAUUUUAUGUAUAUAUGUAUGUUUAAAGUCGAACAGUAAUUUCUAAAUUUUCUAACGGAGAUUUACCGUAGCAACGUUCUGAUUGCUAAGCUAUUGAGGCCGUUCGCAUUUAGCGCUCUUGGAGAUCGAUGAAUCAUUGAUCUAAAUUAAAACAAUCUAAUUCUAAAUGCAACCCGUGUGGUCUGUAUACUUGGACUCCUUGUGGAGUGGGCAUGCACAGUUCAAAAACAUGACGUGCAGCCAGACUGCUCAGCACGAAAUUAGCUCGGAACAAAGAUGAUACGCACGUGAAAAUCUCACAACUUGUCAACAAGAUGUGUUGGCAACAAGCUUGUACUUUGUAGCAAGCAAGUCAACAGGUUGUAACAAUGCUGCUAUUUUAUCAAGUUUCUACAAGGUUGUCACUCACAACUUGUUAACGAAUUGGUGCCGGAAUUACAGGACGAUAACAAGUUGUUGGAACGACUUGUAACAAGUAGAAAUGCUUACAUAUCAUAAACAUUACUAUAUCAAAGUUUUAUAUCAAUCCAAUUGUCAUUCAUCAAAAAUUAAGAUAAUGCAAUUAUAUAUGGGCUUAUUCCAGAGCAUUACAAGUAAACUUUGACGUCACAAGCGUGGGGAGGUUUGUCCUUUCAGUCUGACAAAAAAGAAACAAAAAAUGAUGCGCUGUAGUGUCUGACAAGAAUGGAAAUGACUUGAGUAUAAAUUGAAAUUUCAUUGCUGAUUUCAAUUAAGAAAGUAAAUACAGUCUGUCUCGAAUAUUAAACUGCUUUCGCGCAGGUCAUAUUAACAAAUUAUAGAAAUUGAUUUGCAAGCGCUUCAUUGACAUUGUUUAUAAUGAAUAUCUUCGGAACUUAUUAAUAAAAUAUGCUAUAAAACCUAUAUGCAGCCCAACAAAAAUCACAAUUUUAUUCUUUUAAUAUGUAUGCGUUAAAAGCCAUUGCAGGGCGCAAUAAGGAAUAUUGCAAAUUAAUGGGUUCAAGAAAUACGAGUCUGGUUAAUUAAACGAUUUUCAACACCCAACACAUUCCGCUUCGCACUUCUUGUUCCCAGUUGUGGUGACAAGUCUGGAACAAGUUGUUAUCAUCUUGUUACAAGGUUGAUGACGGUAACAGACUUGCUACAAGUUGUUCCAACAAGACUAAUACAGGCUGUUCGUAACAAGUUGCUACGAGCUUGUUGCCAUCAAUUUGUUAACAACUUGUUACGUGCAGACGAUAUCGGACUUGUUGGAACAACUUGUUGCGAGUCUGUUGGCCUCGUCAACCUUGUUUACAAGAUGAUAACAACUUGUUCCAGACUUGUCAAUGUUGACAAGCUGUGAAAUUUUUACGAGUGUAUAUAUCUCCAAAUUAUCUGAUUUUUAAAUGAAUAUGUUUUACAUUGCAUAACUAAAAUUUGGCAUUCUUCAAUAAACUAUUGAGGAGUAUCACAUCUUUAAAACCAAAUUUAAUCUGUUCAACAAAAAAAACUCCGUAAUUUUUCAGAGAAACGUCUAAAGCAACUAUAGUUUUUAGCAAAACUUUGUGAUACAAUACAAGCUUUCGAGAAUCGCCUAUACAGAAUUUACAAAGCACAUUUUUAUAAAAUACACUAUGUCAUUUUCUCUGCGCAUUAAACCGUAUCUAAUUAGACAAAGGUAAUCCUUUUUGCUAAGUAAAACAAAAAUGAUUAGCCUUAACGAAUGCGAAAUAAUUAUUCUUAUUAGGAUUAUUGGUCUUAAUCAUUAGGCCAGAAUAGUUUGCGCUAUGCUUUGUCGCGUAGAAUAUAUUACAUAUGCUGUGAAUUUAGACGAGAUUUAGCACAAAAUUAUGUUAAAAAGUGCUGUAUAUUUGCUUUUUUUCGAGGUUAAACGAUAUAGGAAAACAGCCUAACUUAAAACUAUCAAAAAAUGUACUUGAUUGUAAAGUAAGUACCCACAAAAUAGCCAGAAAAUCAUAUUGAUUCUAUAAUGUGCCUCGAGAAUUCCUUAGCAAGAGUUUUGAAAAUCCUUAGUUUUUCCUGAAAUUUCCUAUCAAACUCAUUCAGUUUUUCUAACAAACUUAAAGUAUAUACAAAAUUCCUGUUUUCAAGGAUAAAUUCUGAAAAGUAAGAGUGCUGCCAUGAGCGAGCCGCUGCCCAAAACGAGCCCGCGCAUGUGCAAAUUGAAAAACAUCUGCUCCGGUUAGGAUGUCAAAACGCUAUUUGUACUGUGUAAAAAAAACUACAAAAUCUCUACGGGGUUUAUUUGGGCGCUUGUCUUGAACAUUAUCUUUAUUCUGGCCGUAAAUAAACUAAAUUAACGAUGGGUUUUGUGCCUUUUUGUUUCAAUUUUAGUCAGUAUAAUUGUAUGAUGUACAGCAUAGAAGCACGGUAUUGAAUCGCUAAAUUACAAAUUAUCAAUAUGAUUGUUUGCCUAAAAUCGCAUUUUGUUCACGGGGUUAAUAUGUGGGGGAGAAAUUCUCAAAGCAAUUUGUUAAUUCGUAGUUCCGCAUGGGGAAAUUCUCGCUUCGCAAAGUUUGUUAUUACUUCAACUCAUAUGCAAUCUCACGAGUUUAGCUUCAGACGCAUGAUAAAGCCAUUGCAAUUUACAUUGUAAAAUCUCACUGGCUAUUUUUAAUUGAGCUUUGCUCAAAGCAAAGUUAUUCAAAUUGCGAGAAAGCAUUCAAUCUGUCUGAGUCGAGUGUCGUAGAACACGCGGCCAUUGCCGCUUGCUUUUAACAAUGAUGCAUUGAAAGUAGUAUGGCAUGCUCGUAUCAGACAACAUGAAUUUACAAAGGGUAUGUUAUGAAAUGUUAUUGCUCUUUUUGUAAUGGCUUAGUCAGGAAGGUUUAAUCUAGCAACUUGAGUAGUUUAUCAGCUACAAAUACAAGGAUAUAUAUAAGAUUUAAAUUUUUUAAGAAGCUAGCGAGUUUUUACGCUUGAAAAAGUUCGUUUUUUAAUUCUACUCUUCAAAGCGCUGUAAAAUUCUAUAUAUAAAGUAGCAACUUAACACCACAGUACGAAUUACUUGAUAUAUUCGCAUGAAUUUUACGUCAAUCUCGUUAACUAAUAUAUAGCAUUUCACUGCCAUUCUGUCGACUGUCAUAUAACAAUCAUAUGUGUACAUUUUACGCGUAUAAACGAAAUAUUAAAAGCGUAGGUUUUGUCUGGGAACAGUUAGUCGAACAAAGACGGGCAAAAUAACGGCUUAAUGUAGUUAAAAAUUUACCAGUUUUAAAAAAUUCAAAUAGGCGUUAUUUGCGGCAGAUUAUUAAGAAUUCGUGAUAUUAAAACGCGAAAAAUAUCCACCGUCGCAGACAGAGUUUUCGCUUUUAAGUUGUUAGCGUGAAUGUGGAAGUAGAUUUGGAAUUAUAUUUUGAAAAUAAAGUAAUUUGGAUGAGUUCGAAAUAGGUGUCCCGCUGGACGCGAACAUGAUACAAUAUGCGUAGUUGACGAAUUAAAUUUAAGCCCGCAUUACAAUUAACAAGGGUUGAGUCAGCAUUGAAGCACUUUCAAUCAAUUCAAUGUAGCAAAGUAUAGAAUUUUGAAGGCUAGUUCCCAUUAUUGAUGUUUCCUUGAUCGAAAUAUGUUUUGAUCAUAAUGUGUGCAUGAACUAACUUUAUUUAUACUGGAUAUAUCAGUUCUAAACUGUUCUUCCUAGAGGUCCAGUAAGGAUCAUCUCUUAUUAAUCCAGUGUUACUACAGGAGGAAAGCUAAACUAAACUAACUUUAUUUAUACUGGAUAGCUCUAUUACUUCUAAACUGUUCUUCCUAGAGGUCCAGAAAGGAUCAUCUCUUAUUGAUCCAGUGUUAAUAUUACAGGAGGAAACCUAAACUAUAAACACAGUUAUAGUGUACUUUAGGUUUCCUCCUGUAGUAACACUGGAUCAAUAAGAGAUGAUCCUUACUGGACCUCUAGGGAGAACAGUUUAGAACUGAUAGAGCUAUCCAGUAUAAAUAAAGUUAGAUAGUUUAAGGUUUCCUUCGGUAGUAACACUAGAUCAAUAAGAGAUGAUCCUCACUGGACCUCUAGGAAGAACAGUUUAGAACUGAUAAAGCUAUCCAGUAUAAAUAAAGUUUAGGUUUCCUCCUUCAGUAACAAUAAGGGUAAUUACUCUUGCUGGACGUGUAGGGAAAGCUAUCGUGCAAUAAAAAUAAAAUACUUUUAGUAAAUAUCUUGUAUUGUCGUUGAUUUUAAAUGACAAAUGGUUAACACUUGAAAGUCAAUUUUCAUUGGCGUGAACUUUGGCAGGGCAGGUGGACUUUUUUCAAUGUCUUUAACUUGCUUUGAAGACUAAAAUUACUUUAUAAAAAUACUAAAAUGUGAAAUGCAUUGUCGUGAACAGAAUAUACGAUCAGUCGUUGCGAAAAAAUAGUACAUAUUUUAUUAUUUUAAUUUUUUUUUUCGAAAACAGCACAAUUUUCGUGCGCGAACGAAAAGCUAUUGAAACAGUUGAACAAUAGCUGUUAAUGAGUGUCAGCAAUAUCUAUUGAUGCAAUACUUUGUACGCCUAAUGAAAUAUUAUUUUGUUUUGUAUAAAACAUUUAAAUUUUACAAAAACAAGUGUAAAUUAAGUUUCGUUUGUAGGUGGAGAUUUAGUAAUAUUGGCCUCGUUGCGCAGAAUGCACAGUCAUAUUACGGAAUGUUAAAAAUAUUCCUGAACGCCUGAGAAAGUCUUAUAUGUAGAAAGUUCCACCUGAGAUUUGGACUGGGGGCUAACCUAAAGAGCGAUUGAAUUCUAUGGUUUUCAGGUUGCAAAUGCUUAUAGUGCUGUUUUACUGUUUUUUUUAGCGGCAGGAGUGCUUUGAUGAAUCUUUAAUAGACUUUAUAUUAAAUAAAGUUAGUUUAGUUUAGUUUUCCUCCUGUAAUAACACUGGGUCAAUAAGAGAUGAUCCUUACUGGACCUCUAGGAAGAACAGUUUAGAACUGAUAGAGCUUUCCAGUAUAAAUAAAGUUAGUUUAGUUUAGGUUUCCUCCAGUAGUAAAACUGGAUCAAUAAGAGAUGAUCCUUAUUGGACCUCUAGGGAAAACAGUUUAGAACAGAUAGAUCUAUUCAGCCGUAUAAAUAAAGUUAGUUUAGUUUAGGAUUCCUCCUGUAGUAACACUGGAUCAAUAAGAGAUGAUCCUUACUGGACCUCUAGGAAGAACAGUUUAGAAAUGAUAGAUCUAUCCAGUAUAAAAAAGUUAGUUUAGUUUAGGUUUCCUCCAGUAGUAACACUGGAUCAAUAAGAGAUGAUCCUUACUAGACCUCUAGGGAGAACAGUUUAGAACUGAUAGAGCUGUCCAGUAUAAAUAAAGUUAGUUUAGUUUAGGUUUCUUCCUGUAGUGAAACUGGAUCUAUAAGAGAUGAUCCUUGCUGGACCUCUAUAGGUUCAGGUAACAAACUUGAAUCUGACAGCAUAUUUUACAAAGCGUAUUUCUACAAACCUUGUUGUAUUCCGUUUCAGAGAUGAGGGUUGAACAAGUGAUCAUACUCUGGACAUGCAUCUGUCUCGUGCUACCUCUCACCAUGGGCUUAGAAAUGCCAUUCCUGGAAAAGAAUAUUACAAAUGAAGAUAUAUUUCUUCGCUUGAACGAUGUGCAAGCUGUAACAAAACCUGAAGAAUUUGUGGGAUAUAAUAUCUCGUUUACUGGCAAGAAAGAGGCUACAAAAUUAACCCUUGAUGAACGGUGCAGGCUAGGUCGGCCAUUAUCGGUGCGUUGGACCAAUUAUGGGCCAUACGCGUCGCUGGUUCGUGGUAAGAAUCGUCCUUUGGAAGGCGUGGGACUCACUGGUAUAUUCCCAAGUGUAAUAAAUGACGUGCUUGCGCAGUGUUGCCAUAUUAACACGCGAGUAGUAUAUGGGCGUUAUAUUUACACGCUUAAAAAUUUAGAGAAAAGUUUAUCGGACAAAAAUUCUUCCGACGACAUGAUGUUCCCAGUCGGACUGCAAAGCAUGGACAUGGAUCUUUUUAAAGAGCUUCCUGUGGUGCCAUUAUUAACAGCGCCUAGAACGACCCUAGUUGUUCCUGAGUCUGAAAAGCAGGGGAAGACAUUGGAGUUGUUUAAGACUGUUGGUCUAGCUUGGCCCAUUCUGGUGUUUAUUUUCUUGGCUGCUAUCCUAUCUGGUGUUUUUAUUUGGACGCUGGUAAGUGCUCGCUCAGGCCCACGAUUCGGUGGUUAACCGAGCUCAAGCGCAAUUCAUUAUGGUGGGUACGUACGCAGAACGUUUACUACAGUGACUAAAAUCCCAAUUAUGUAACCCGGAACUUCUCCAAAUACAGUUCGUAAUCAGAUACUGACGAUAAUAUUUACUUUCUGCAACUGUGCAAAAACUUGUCUUGGAAAGAAUUGUAUUUUAUUAUUCAAACGUUGUAUUUAACACAUUAUUCCCCCACUGAUGUGGGAAAGAAUUGUAUUCGUAGUAUGAAUCAAAAUUGUAUUUACGCCCAUUUUCAAAAUUACACGGGCAGGCUGAAAAUAGCUAGAGUUGAUAUGUCAGUUUUAUUUCACACUGUGUGUGAGGAAGUUCAUAUUGUUUACAACUUUAAGUUUUGUGCUUCGUUAUCGAUGUAUGUGCUCUGUACUUUAAAUGUCUUUAUAUAAAGCAUUUCGAAGGAUUUUCAAGAUAUUUUAGUGAAAAUUAUUGUAAAAUUUAAGCAUAAUAUUACCGCUAUAUUCUAGCGCAAGCAGAUUUUAUACACAGUUUAAUUCGAGGUUAAAUUGUCCGUUCUUCAAAAGACUAAAAUAAGACGAAAACUUAAAAAGUCAUACAUUGUGAUGGUUUUGUUGUUUCUUUUAGUUUGUAUAUCUAGCUCAUUUUUGGCGCGGCCUUUCAAUGGCCGUUUCAAAUUAAGGGACCCAACAGGCUUGUUUCAUAACAUAUGUUUUAUGUUUUUUAUUCCUAGGAUCACUUAAAGAAUCCGGAUGAGUUCCCUACGCCAUUUAUAGAGGGGGUCUGGGAAGGAUUUUGGUGGGCUGUCGUUACCAUGACAACAGUAGGGUAAGCAUUUUCAUUUAAAGUGGCUGUCUUUCAGUGGAAAGAUCUCUGCAAAUGGUUCCUCCGUUAUGUUAUUCUAGGUAUGGUGAUCGAGCGCCAAGAUCCAUCCUGGGACGUUUGUUCUGUAUAAUAUGGAUAGUAAUAGGAAUGAGUAUUAUUGCUAUAUUCACGGCUAUGGUGACGGCUUCGCUCUCUGCAAGCAUCCAGAAUAAUUUUGUUAUCCAUGGCUCUGUGGUAUGUUCAUCUCCAUAUUGAUCUCCAUUUUUUAUCAUAUUUCUCUCCAUAUUCGCCACAUUCCUCUCCAUAUUCAUCAAUUUCAUCUCCACAUUCGUCUCCAUUUUUAACUAUCAUAUGUGUCGUCUCUUGUUUACCGUAUUUACCUCAUACGGGGUUUUCAAUCUUCCGUGGAUUCUGUGAGGUUCUAAAGAAUCAAACCUAUUCUAUUUCUUCAGAUGGGUUCUGUAGAUGGGAGCGAAGAAGAGCGUAUCGGUACCGGAAUGAAUGCAGAUGUUCGAAGUAAGUGAUCAUCAAUUGGACAAAAAUGAACACAUAGAUACCAUUAACACAUGGAUAAGAUUUUGCCAACGAAUGGGUACGGAGUACAGUUGAUGAAGCUUGUUUUCGCAAUGCUUUAACAGAGGCAGACAAAAUUUACAUAUCCCCAGAGCAUACGUUUCACCGUAGCGACCUUGGCUACAGCGUAAAAAUCACAUUCUUGUGUUGUAACACAGAAUCAAGAACCGAAACUGACUACGCAACGUUGCACGUUGGAGAGUAUUUUAUAAAGAAAUGAUGAAAAUUAAAAGAUGAAACUUACUGAACACAAAGCCAUGCACAUAAAACAUAUUUGGGAUAAAUUUGUUAUGACAAGCAUUUAGUAUUUGCAUACAUGUAACAAAAACGAUUUCAAACGUAGUCGGUAGUUUGUCGUCAAGAUCUUACGCCCGUAUUCUAAAAGCUCACUCACACUCAAUGAGUGGAGGUUCAAUCUGAGCUUCUCUUGAGUGUCAAUGCUGUUUUUGAAUAGCUAAAGAGUAAGUAGUCACAGAGUAAGUCACGAGAAUAACCUUCAGCUAUUCACAAACAGCAUUGACACUCAAGAGAGGCUCAGAUUGAACCUCCACUCUAUCUUUGAGAGUUGUCAGCCUCUCUAUAUAUUAACACUGAUGAACUUAUAUAAACAUGCUAGCUCUUUAAAUUUUACACUUUUUCUCCUAGCAUUUGACACACCAACGGAUGUAGUUCAAGCACUUGUUGACACAACAGAACUGGAGAUCGCCAUAAUGGAUAGCUAUUUAUUGACAUACUUUCACGAGGUUAUCAAACGCGAGCCAGUAAGAGUCAAGGCUAACAAGGAACUACCGAUUAACUAUGGUCUAGUCUUGGCCCCUAACUCCGAAAACUUUACAAAAUGUUUUACAAAAUAUAUCAAGAAUAACCCACAGGAUAUUUUCAACAGUGUUCGAAAGAAUUUGAAACCACUAAAGGUUAGAGUCAAGUGUAUAAUAUUAUUAAUUAUUAUUAGCAUGACAAAAUUACUGGAUGCUGAUUGGUUGAGAGGAGUACAAUUAUUUCAUUAAUUGCAAUGCAAUACAAUUAAUGAUUUUUCCAAAAUAAACAAUAUAGGAACUUGCAGCAAAAGAACUAAAUGAAAAUACGAACAAAAGCAUCACAUUUUGGUUGAACGUCUGGCAUGACUGGGCUUUGCCUUUGGCGAGAGAAUAUGAUAUUGACAUUGAGAAUUAUCCAAUUUUGUCAUGCUAAUAAUAAACAAGUAAUCAUGCGAUGUUGCUCGUACAAUUAGGGAUUACCCAGGGCGAGUCCAAUUUGGCAAAAUUUCCAAACAUCACGAGUACUAUUCAUCAUAAACCAUUAUCUUACCCAACCAUAAACAUAGUGUUGCUGUAGAGUGUUACAUAGAGUGUUACCGUCAACUCCUUGUAGAAUCCAACUGAUGAUGUGAGUGAAGAACUGAAAGCCUCGCAAGAAUUUCUUGAAGAAGAAGCAUUUCAUAUGAUUUUAUAUGCUCUGGCUGGCUUCCUUGGCGCAUUUUUCCUGCUAGGAUUGACUUGGGAAUUUUGCAUUUCCAAAAUUUUGCGCAGUAAGUAACGAAGCAUUGCUAUUUAUAAUUAAAUAAUAAAGUCUGACUAACCAAAUAAUUCAAAUUAACGUGACGACUAUUUUCUCAGCAAAUUAACAAACUAAUGAACAAACUAAUGACCCAAUUAACUUUAUAAUUAAGUGAAUAACUGACUAACUAAAUAAUUCUUUUUCAGCUAAUUAACAAACUAAUGACCUAAUUAACUUCAUAAUGUGAAUAACUAACUAAAUAACUAUUUUCUCAGCUAAUUAACAAACUAAUGACAUCAUUAACUUCAUAGUUAAGUGAAUAACUGACUAAUUAAAUCAGUAUUUUCUCAGCUAAUUAACAGACUAAUGACCUAAUUAACUACAUAAUUAAGUUUAUAACUGACUAACUAAAUAACUAUUUUCUCAGCUAAUUAAAAAACUAAUGACCUAAUUAACUUCAUAAUUAAGUAAAUAACUGAUUAACUAAGUAACUAUUUUCUCAGCUAAUUAAUUAACAAAUUAAUGACCUAAUUAACUCCAUUAACUCUCUAUCUACCAACCGGGAGAUAAUAAACACGAGAUAAUCAAAAUAGCGUUUGCUAUUAGAAUCUUCAACCAAGCCCACAAUGGGGUCUUUAUCUUUGUCAAAACUCGAAAUGCUAGCUGCAACAUUCAACCUGUAAUUUAGACCCAUUGAAACAAACGAACGAAGAAGAACUCAAAGCAAAGAAACCAAGCGAGAACACGACAAAGAAAAGUCUGAUGCAAUCCUGGGCCCAAGAUCCCAAUCUACCCAAGGAAGCGGCUACCGAACUCGAGCUCGUCAAACUGAAAUCGACAAAAAUACGUCAGCUAAUCCAAGAAUAUGACGAUUUCUACGAAAAAUGGAUGGAGAAAUUGAAAGAAGUCACAGAAUAUGGGGAAGACAAAUGGGCGAAAUAUGGAACCACGCCAAAUGAGAAAAAUGGAGAAUCCCUAAUGUUGACAUAUAAUGGCAAUUGGGCUUGA